AUGCAAGUCCUAGCGGUAGCAGUGUUCGCGGUCGCCGCUGUCUUUGGUUUCCUUGGUAACAUAUGCGUCCUCUUCGACUCAAUCUUCACCUCGUCUUUCCGCGCCAAGUACUUCCUUAGUCUAACAGGGCUGGAUCUUCUCUCGUCGAUAGUCGGUCCAAUCAUAGCGCUCCUGACCGCGUGCUUCGGUACCAAGUGGCUCGAAAGCGUCCACGGGUCAUGCGAAGCGAUUGGCUUUGUAAGAAACUUCACACACAUCGCUUCACCCCUAGCAAUCCUAAGCUUAGUUAUCUACCGACGGAGAAAAUCCAAAAGUCUGAUUCGGGUGAAAAGUCUACGCGUGAUUAUUCUCGUCACGUGGGUGAUAGGCUUAGCUGUUGCCAUUCCACCGCUGGUCAACUGGAACGCAUACUCACCUCAGCCACCCCUGAACUUCCUGCUGGCUGAAUCUUGGGUACAAGGGUCGAGGAUACACGCUCAUGAUUGGUUCGCUAAGUGUGUUGGCUCACGUGGUGACGCGUUCCGGUCCUAUAGACGUCACAAGUUGUGUUUACAGUGGCUGCGGCAUGCUCAAGAGUGCAGAGUGAAUGAUCCUGGAUGUACCACCGUGCAAAGCUCAGGCGGGAACUCCAGUCGUGACUCCUCCUUUGAAAAUCUCCUGGUUGCUUUGGCAAACUCAAAGAACGAUUUUCCUAGUGUAACGGUAAGGCACAAGCAAAUAAAUCAACAAGAAGAACAAGAGGGUGCGACUAGCUUAUCAAGAAAUGUGCAAGCUGAAAGUAGCUCAGCUAAAGAUUUCACCCACAUUCGAAGUUAUAGAUACCGAAAGCAUUUUACGACUAGGCUAGCCCACUUCCGGUCCACUAACUUCGCCUUAAAAGACAAGCAGAACAUCCAGUUCCUGAAGCUCAAAGUCGUCGCCACGUUUGUCUCACUGAUUGGCUGGAUGCUGUUCUAUGUGACAGUUGCUAUGUCAACAGCUGACGUCAGUGUUCCACAGCUCUUGCUAGUAUUUGCUGAAUGGCUGCUUUACGUUCGCCCUGUGUUCUCUCCGCUGAUUUACCCACUAGUAUCAAAAGAGUAUAGAGAAGCUUUCGUAACGAUGAUAUUUAAGCUCAAAUGCUGCCGUUUUGCUACACGCAUCAAUCGGAAAAAGGGCUCCGUGGAGUUAGUCAAGCUGGAAACUCAAUACCAGGCUUGGGGUAAGGAUGUCCCGGUUAGUUCGGUCAGCAUCCUAUAAGACAGGAUUUUAAGAGGAAAGCAGGAGUUUUAGAGAAAUGGAAAUAAACUGGACUCGAGGAGAAAGCAGGAAGAUAUUGAAGUAUCCCUCACACCGCCUUUUUUAGAUGAGUAUUUUGAAAGUGCUCUUUAGAAGUUCCUGACAACUCAAGCCCAUUCGUGGAUGAGAGUGAACGCGGCAUCUAUUGAAUACUGUAUGCAUUUUACUGGAUUUAGGGAGAAGAAGGGAGAUAUAAAAGAAGGUAAAAUAAUGAAUUUUUAGGUGAAGGCAAGGAGGUAUAGAUGAGGGGAAAAUACAGGACCUUAAAUAAAGCUGGGAGUAAUAGAGGGGAGACACUAGACUUUAAGGGAAGUCAAGGAGUUAUAGAGGAUGGGGAAGACACUGGACUUUAAGGCAAAAGAGGAAAUUUUAGAGGAAGGAAAAGACAUUGGAAUUUAAGGCAAAAGAGGGAAUUUUAGAGGAAGGUAAAGACACUUGAAUGAUACAUCUGAACUGGGGGAAGGGAAAGGUGGGGAUCGCUUCCUCUCACUCUUAUCUGCCUACCCACCAAUUCAUGUUGUAAAAUAUUAUGUUACAUUGAAUUACCUGAGGUCUAAGUCUAGCUUUUUUCUUGAAAAACUUGUCCGUAUUUUUCCUCUAGUAUUUUUAGAUUUGAUAUCCUCUAAUGUUUAUAGCGUAUGCUUAUAUCAAUUAUAAAAAAUGCAAAUGCACCAACAUUUCGAAAUGAAAUAAAAGUCCGAAACAUGGA